ACCCAUUUUUUCUAUCAAGUGGCACGACCGCUUCGCAUGUUAACAUGGCGACUUUGAUUUUUCUAUUUCUUUCCUUAGUAUCUUUGGUUGUUGGGCAAAAUCCUUGCCUAAAUCAUAGAUGUACGUCUGGAUCAACCUGCAUUCCUGGUACUUCGACAGAUUAUAGUUGCAGAUGUCUAGCAGGUUACGCCGGUACGUUCUGUGAAACAGAUUUAUGCCAAAAUGAUCCUUGUGGAAUUUAUGGAACUUGUAAUCGUAUUACUGGUGGUAUCACUUGUUCAUGUAUUGAUGGAUAUACCGGUAAUCGAUGUCAAAAUCCGCCCUCUGACGUUUGUAACCCAAAUCUAUGUGCAAAUUCCGCUACUUGUAGUAGGAGAACUUAUGGCUACUUUUGCAACUGUCCAGAUAAUUUCCAAGGAAAGAAAUGCCAGAAUCAAGAAGUUGGAGUUUGUCAAAGAUUCAAUCCUUGUCAAAAUGGUGAAUGUAGUCCAGAUGGCAAUGGUAUAAAGUGCACGUGCUUCCCGGGCUGGGGUGGUAAUCUUUGCGAUGUAUUUGUUUGUCAGAACCAUAGAUGUGUUAAUGGUCGGUGUCUUGCAAAGAAUAGGAACUUAUAUACUUGCGAAUGUAACGCUGGUUGGUCUGGUACAUUUUGUCAAAAUACACAAGCCAAUCCAUGUGCAAAUAAUCCAUGCGGUGCAAAUGGUGAUUGUUCAGUUGAAGACAACAACUACAAUUGCGCUUGUAGAAAUGGUUACACCGGAAACAAUUGUGAAAAUCCUCCUUCAAACCCAUGUGCAAAUAAUCCAUGUGGUUCAAAUGGUGAUUGCUCGGUUGAAGGUAAUUCGUUCAGGUGUACUUGCCGAAAUGGUUACAGUGGGAAUACUUGUCAAGUCCCUCCUGCCAAUCCUUGUAAUCCAAAUCCAUGUGGUGCAAAUGGCGAUUGUUCUGUUGAAGGUAACAACUACAAUUGCGCUUGCAGAAAUGGUUACACAGGAAACAAUUGUCAAAAUCCUCCCGCAAACCCAUGUGCAAAUAAUCCAUGCGGUGCGAAUGGUGAUUGUUCAGUUGAAGGUAAUUCGUUCAGGUGUACUUGCCGAAAUGGUUAUAGUGGGAAUACUUGUCAAGUCCCUCCUGCCAAUCCUUGUAAUCCGAAUCCAUGUGGUAUAAAUGGUCAAUGUCAAGUUGUUGGAAACACUUUCCGUUGUACUUGCGGAUCUGGUCUUCAAGGAAGAAGAUGCGAAGCUUCAUUAGAGGGAGUGUGCAUCAGAUUCAAUCCCUGCCAAAAUGGUCUGUGCCGUCCUGAAGGAAGUGCUAGUAUAAAAUGUGAAUGCUACUCAGGCUGGGGAGGUAAUACAUGCGAUCAACCAAUCACUGCAAAUCCUUGCAAUAAUAAUCUAUGCCGAAACGGUAACUGUGAAAGGUUAACUGAUACGUCCUAUAAAUGUAAUUGCAAUUCUGGAUGGACUGGACGAUAUUGCGAUUCACCCGUCCAAGGUCCAUGUGCAAAUCAUCAAUGCCAGAACCAAGGCCAAUGUGUACCUCAAGGUACCUCGUAUCGCUGUCAAUGUAUCAAUGGUUUUACUGGACAAUUUUGUACAAUUGCUCCCAAUAGAUGUCUUAAUCACCAAUGUAAGAAUGACGCCACUUGUCGUCAAACCAGCACUUCAUACGAAUGUGACUGCCGUCCUGGCUAUUCAGGACGAUUUUGCGACGAAGUAGGCAACCCUUGUGGUAACAAUCCUUGUAAAAAUGGCGCUACCUGCUUUAAUCAAGGGCCAAUCAAGUUCGCUUGUAUGUGCACAUAUCAAUAUUCUGGUAAUACCUGUGAAGUACCAACUAUGAAUCUAGGAUCUUGCGCAAACAAUCCUUGCCAAAACGAAGGAACAUGUGUUCAAACAGUGCAAGGUUAUCGUUGUAAAUGCCCUGUUGGUAGAGUAGGUAGACACUGUCAAAUGAAACUCGAGGAUACUUGCAGGAUAAAAAACCCUUGCGGUGCCAGAGGCCUUUGUAGACAAGGCCCAUUGGAUAUUGUUACCACUUGCCAAUGCUAUCCUGGAUACACUGGACCAACUUGUGAAACUAUUCAGAAUUGCAUUGACAUCGCUCCGGAUUGUCAACAAAAAGCAAGAGAAGGUUGGUGCCAAGUCAACGAACAACAGGGAUUGUCGACAGAGGAAAAUGACUUGAGAAAGAGGCAUUACGAAUAUUUUACAAGAUAUUGCAGAUUAACUUGUCAACGCUGUAACAUCAAUUAA